AUGGCCCAGCCAGUACAGUCGAUCAAAUGCGUCGUCACAGGUGACGGUGCUGUCGGCAAGACAUGCCUGCUCAUCUCCUACACGACAAAUGCCUUCCCCGGCGAAUACAUCCCCACGGUGUUCGAUAACUACUCGGCCAGUGUAACAGUCGAUGGCAACCCCAUCAGCCUCGGCCUGUGGGAUACUGCUGGGCAAGAAGACUACGACCGCCUACGUCCUCUGUCAUAUCCUCAGACCGACGUCUUCCUUAUCUGCUUUUCUCUCAUCAGCCCGCCGUCCUUCGACAACGUGCUUGCCAAGUGGUAUCCUGAGAUCAGCCAUCAUGCACCUGGCACCCCCAUCAUCCUCGUCGGUACGAAGCUAGAUAAGCGUGAUGAUGCCGAGGAAAUCCGCAAGUUGGCCGAGAAGAAGAUGGCUCCCAUCACAUACAAGCAGGGCUGCGAGCGCGCCGCUCAGAUCAAUGCUUACAAGUACGUCGAGUGCUCGGCCCUGACACAAUUGGGCCUUAAGGCCGUCUUUGACAGCGCCAUCCGCGCUGUUCUCGACCCCCAGAAACCCUCGUCGAGGCCGGCCAAGAAAAAGCAGUGCACGCUGCUUUGA